CCACACCAUAAUUCCAACUCAGCUGUUACUGUAAGUCGCUUUCAGUUUCCCCACGCAUCUAUUCACAAAUCUGCGGUGUUGAACAACAGUGGAGUCGGGCUGGAGGAUCACCACGCGUCGGUUUCUCAUCUCGUCAGUUUGGACCAACUUGUUGCGCAGCUGCUAUUUCUAACCUGCUCUGUGGGCCAUGCUGCAUUGGGGCACGGGCUGCUCUCAUUCACCAGCACACAGGCGCUGGGUUAUGCUUCAUUUGUAAUAUUUUCCGUGAAGGAAGACAUAUGGGUGAAGCGAUGGCUUCGCCAACUACUUUCUAACUACCUUCAUUUAUUUAUUUAUUUUUUUACAAAUGCGUAGGCCAUACGAAGAUGACGCAUUUGUAUGGGUUUUUAUGAUUUUUAUGAGUAUCCAGCAGCCUACAGGGAAUUUUGCAGUCUCUUAAAUAUGAUCUCAGAAACAGGAUGCAAAUCAUGAGCUGGACGCGUCCUUGCCACGGACUAGACUGGAGUCACAGCCUCUUCUGCCUGACUUUACUCCUGUGGACCAGACGCAUGACUGGACUGGCUGACUUUUCAAACUACCUGUCCAGGAUCAUCACCAGUCACUCAGCUCAAGCGUGUGACGGACAGCCUCUGCGUCUCCACUGUCCACGUCACUCCACCAUUUCCAUCCAGUCUGCCUUCUAUGGGAGCGGCGAGGCGUGGUUGUGUAAAGCAGACCCAGACCCUCCGCUCAGAGCCCACAACCACAGCUGCUCAGCUUUUACCGCUCUACAGAAGCUGCUGUCAGAGUGUCAGAGCCACAGACAUUGUCAGCUGCCUGUCAACCACCUGCUGUUUGGGAAGGACCCCUGUCCUGGCACUACCAAAUACCUCCAUGUGGACUACAAGUGUAAACCAACUGAACACAAAAGACAUGUGGUGUGCGAGGGGGAGACGAUGAUUCUGCGCUGUAAGCCCCCCAAGGUUCUGAACAUCUAUGCAGCUGUCUAUGGGAGAAGUCUUGGCCAGACUGACACCUGCCCCUCGCGCCUGACAAGACCACCCCCAUUCGAGUGCCUGAACCACGAGGCUGUACACUUGGUGUCCAAGUCCUGCUACAGCAAACAGAAGUGUGCUGUUGCUGUAAGCAACCAGACCUUUAAGGACCCCUGCUUUCCAGGAACCAGGAAGUACCUCAGUGUUGUCUAUUCUUGUGUAGUACCGCAGACCUUACUAAGAGAGGCAGACCCUUACGUGUUCAGCUCCACCUCAUCUCCUACUGUGGACACAAAAAAAGCAGCUUCUCCUGCAGAUCUGGAGGCGCAUUUCCCCAAAGGGUCAAGAAGGCCAGACAACUCAGGGGCCAUGAUGAGCACCUCUCUUCUGACCUAUGCCUACAUCAAAGAGCAUCCAGAAAUGGCAGGGCUGCUGUUCACCUCCAGUGUGUGUGUUGGUCUUCUGCUCACACUGUUGGCUGUAUCGGUCCGAGUGACCUGCAGAGGACGCCAGCUCAGAGAUCACAGACUCGCACCCAAGUCUCAUGUCCAGGUUGUCAACUGCCAGGAGGAGGACGAUGAUGAUGAUGACGAAGAGGGAACAGAAAGCUCUUUAAUCUCAUCCGCAGACAGGACGGCGAUUCACGGCUGGGAGGAAGUGACUUAUGUCAGCGAUGCAGCUGAACGGGCGGAGAGGAUUGAGCGCAGGGAGAUGAUCAUACAGGAGAUAUGGAUGAAUGCCUAUAUGAAUGGCAGCUCAUGUUAACUGUGACCUAUGGAUGCUGUUUAGCACCUUCAGGAUUUAUUUUCAGGAUUUUUGGCAGCAUCUCCCAACCUUUUUUGUACAUGUUAAAUCAGUUUGUCUUGUGUAUUAACAUAUUUGCAGCUCAGUUUGUGAAAAGUGUAAUAUUUAGGUGAAACUGCAGUACUAGCCAUUUUUAAAGGAUCAAUGGGAUUUUAAUGCUGUAAAAUGGGAGCUCACAUACAUUCUGUAACUGUUUAAAUGCUGUUUUUAUUCAUGGGACAUCUACCAACAAAUGAAGUUCAGAUUUCAGGUUAAAAUACUGUU